AUGAUCAAAUUUGCUGAAACAUGGAUAUCGGACAUUGCACCUAUGGCAAGGGCAAUACUAGAAAGAAACAAGGAGUAUUCAAAUAAUUGUAAUGUUCAAUGGAAUGGGUUGAAUGGUUUUGAGAUUAGUGAGGGAGAAUAUUCAUUUGUUGUUGACUUGGAGAAGAAACAUUGUGACUGUAGGUUGUGGAUGUUGAGAGGUAUUCCUUGCCCUCAUGCUAUUUGUGCUUAUUAUUACUUGAAUCAAGAUCCUGAUCAACAUGUAGAGCACUGGUAUAAGAAGGAAACAUUUCUCAAGGCUUACAUCCAUUUUAUCCAACCUAUUCUCAAUAUGAGGAUGUGGCCUGAAACUACAAAACCAACAAUAGAGCCUCCAAAACCAACAAAAAUGCCAGGCAGACCUGGCAAGAAGAGAAGAAAGAGUAAGGAUGAGCCAAAAAAAUGGGGGAAACUUUCAAGAAAAGGAGUAAAGAUGACAUGUACCAUAUGCAAGAAAACUGGUCAUAACAAAGCUGUGUAUGAAAGAGUUAGAACACAAUCAAGUCAACAAAGUUUUGUUUGUGCUGAUACCACUGUUGUGCCAAGAACUACUCAAACAACAUCUACAAUGGGAGGUCCAUCGCAUUCUACUUUCAGAACCACAUAUGCAACUACACAAUCAAGUCAACCAAGUUCUAUUUGUGCUGACACAGAAUCUGUGCCAAGAUGUCCUCAAAAUAGGGUUCAAGUUGGGACUGGAAGAGGAUUGGGAAGAAAAAAAGCUAAUGCAAGAGGGACCCCAAUUGUUACUGAAAGUGAUAGUUCUUCUAGUCAACUGCCACCUUUAUCAGGUCACAAAAGACCGUACAAUUCUGCCUCAUUUGCUGCUGCUACUGGAGGUAAUAGAAGGCCUGGUUUUGGUGUUUACUCUAAUCCUACAACUGGAGCCCAAGUAUUUAAUCCUGGUACAUCAAGUGAGAAGAUUCUACAUGGGCCAACAAAAUUGAAGAGUGCUUCACCAACCAAUAUAGACAUUGGCUUUAAACCUCAUGGCCUAAAAUGGAAGGGAAAAGAUGCACUAUCCCAUUCCCACUACGACGCCUGUCGUCUUCUCCCAGAAUUUCCCCUUCCCAACGCAUCCUCCAUGCUUUAUCUGUCUAUUCUCAACAAACAACUAUCUUCAGCUAUGCUCUUGUUUCCUUACUUGAGUGGGCAUCUAUGUUUCUUCAUUCAUUUUACUUCUAUUUAUGGUUUUAUUGUUGAAGUACUGCUAUUGUAUAAGCUUCUCAUUCCACUUAUCGGAAAUAAGGGCGGAACUGGUAAGGGUGCAAGGAUGGAAGAUCAAAUUGUGGAGCAUACUUCGUUAAAAGAUGAGGAAGAAGAAGAGGAAGAUGAUGACGACGAGGGGGAAUUGAAAGAGAGUAAUAUAAGAUGGAUUGUGAACAAAGGAUUAGGGUUGGGGAAGAAGGUUAUGAUUACAAGUAUUGUAAUCUCUUCUGCCCCAGUGGUUCUUCCUCCGCUUAUUGUUAUUUCUGCACUCGGGUUUGCAUUUUCGGUUCCUUUUGGUCUUGCUUUUGCUAGUUAUACUUGUACUGAGAAGCUUAUGAACACGUUGCUUCCGAGGUCAGAGCCACCUCUACUGUUGGAGUAUGGGGAUAUGUAUGAAGAUGAUGAACAAGUAGGAGGGAAAGGUCCUGGUUUUGGUGGAGAAAUGUUGAUGGAAGAGGAGGAAAAGAAAGAAAUGGAGGAUGUAAAAGAAGGGGUUGAAAUGAGGAUUGAGUUGGAGAGCAGUGGAUACGAGGGAGGACCGACUCUUGUUGAAGAUGAAGAUGUUGGCAGAGCGGAGGAAGAAAGAGAGAUCAAUGUAGAUGAGGAUGUUAAAGAAGAAGGAUAUGAAGAAGAUGUGGGUGAAUGCUUGGAAGGAGAGAAUGAGGGACCAAUGAAGGAGGAAAAUUUGGAAAUCGAACGAGCAAGAGAAGCAGAAAAUUGGGAAUUUGAUGAAAAGAUUAAGGAAACUGAGGGUUUGGAUGUGGUGGCCAAAGAAGCCAGGGGAGAAAAUGAGGGUGAAAAAGACCUUACUUUAACACCAGGUCUGCCAGAUAAGAAUUUUGUUGAAAUAUAUGUAGGUGAUGCAGUGAAGGAAGAUACCUUAGAGAGUUCAGGUGGACUUGAGGGAAAUGAGGAUAGAAAGGUUACGCGUCCCGAAGUCAUAGAGAAGCCAUUGGAAAGCAAAGACGAGAGGGUAGAUAGUCUUGUGAGAGAGCUUCAAGGAACAAAAACUGAAAAAGGACCCGAGGUUACUUCGGAAGAAAAAGAGAUAAUAGAAGUAACAAGGAAACCAAACGUCAGCAAAAGCUCAAAGAAACACCACAAAAAGAAGAAAGCAAGUGAAAGUAAAAAUGUUGCAAUAUCAGAGAAAGGGGAGGGGUUGAGCAACAAGCAGCAGGGAGACACUGAUGUGAAAAUAAUUGGAAAAAAGGAAGAGGUAAAGGAUGAAGUUAAGGUGAAGCAUGACGAGAAGCAUUUACCAGUGAAAAGGGAGACCAAAGAAGGAAGAGACGAAGCCAACCAAAGUGGUGUUUCCAAAAAGGCCAAGAAAGCUGCUGAGAUGGACAAAACACUGCCCGGGAGCAGAGAUUCAGGAAAUGGCAAGCAUGUUGCAAAAGAUGCUUCGUGUCCAUUGGAAGGCAAGGAUAACCUGGUAGCUGCAAAAGAGGUUCAAAGGAAGGCACCUGAUGUCCGCCGGAACCUUCCAUCUGAACGAAAAGGGACCACUGAUCAAAAGAAAAAUGUCAAUGCCGGUGGUGUCAAUCAGGUUUCUGGAAGAGCAGGGAUUCCAGAGGCCAAACCCGCCAAGGAGUUCUCCAGUGAGGAGAAGAUAUGGGAGAAGAUGAACGCAAUGAGAACAAUCGUGGGAUACACAGCAGCCACUCAACCUUUGUUGGUAGAUGAACUAAAGGCGCUAUACAUCUUUACUGGAGUCGAGCCCCCAUCUACGUUCCAUAACCCGUCCACUUUGGAAGAAGUGAAUGACAAGCUUCAGUUUCUUAUGUCGAUUGUGGGAAUAAAGUAAAGUGUUAGUACGUACUUUGUUUGGUCUGUAUUUUCUUAUCGUCUACUUUUGUCUUGUUAGUUUGUCAAAUUUUAGCUUGAUACUGGAUUUGUGUAUGAUUAUGCUAGAAAUUGCACUUUGUUGUAAAAUCAUCAGCUUGAAUGUUCUACAGAGUUUUGGCUCCUUUUAGGAAAAUAUUCUUCUAUGCUUGAACAUUGCUCUAUCUUGGUGGCGUCGGUUCUGGAACUGGAACUGCGUUCUUGUUGAUGUUUUUGAAAACUCACUGUUGUGCAGUCUUUGAAUUCUGAAUGUGAUCUUAGCCAAGUCUCUUAUUGUCUUCCAGUUGAUUGGCUUCUCGUGGACUGCCCCGAGUUUCGAGUUUGUGUCUUGGCAUUUCAGCUUUUUCAAUAGAAUAUUGGAGUUUCCACAAGGCAAUGGUGUAUUGAGCCAGAUGUCGAAAAGCAACUGAUCUCGGUGAACAGAGUGAGAUGUCGAACUUCAUGGAG